GUCCGUUCAAAAAAAAUCAGUCCACACACUUCUUUGUGAUUGUGGUGUCAAGGAGUGCAGACUUCAUUUUGAUUGUACAGAGAGCAUAGCCAUGUCUUCCACAACUACUUCACUUACAGUAAGGACUUACCCACCCCGUUGUGUGCUAAAUGCAAACACAAAUCCCCCUACCAAACAGGCAGCGGUGGCUCUCCGGGGGCGGAGGCAGUUGAUCUCUCUGGUGACGGCGACAACGGUAGUGAAAGCGCUGGAGAUGCCGUCCAAGGCUGCGGACAUUGGCCUCUUUGGACUGAGAAAGAAGCUUAAGAAAGUAGAAGAUGAGGCAGAAGAAUUAGUGAAGGAGGGAUUCGAGGCGGCAGACAAGGGAAUUGCAGCGGCAGAGAAGGGAAUUGAAGCGGCGGAGAAAGGAUUACUGACGGCUGAGAAGGGGAUUGAAGCAGCGGAGGAGAAGAUCGAGAGUACAGUAAGUUUCGGUGGGUUGGCGCAAGCUGGAGCGGUGGCCGGAGCUGAAUUUGUCGGAGUUUUGAUUGCCGGAGCUGUAGUCAAUGGUAUUUUAGGACCUGAACCUCAAAAAUCUUGAAGAGUUUAUUGCUUGUCAUACAAUUUUUCAUUGUUGUUAUUUGCAAAUUAAGUUUGAUCUGUGUUUAGCUAAAUUCAAAGCAUGAUCAAUUCUAUUAGUGUAACAAUUAAUCCUGUUAUAUAAUAUGUAUUGAUAAAUUAUUUAACA